UCCCGCCUCCCAGGCCUAGUGCCGCCCGCCUGUCCGCCGGUCUCUGCCAGGCUGUCUGUCCGUCUGCUCUCCCGUCGGUCCGCUGCCCCGGUUCCGCUAGCCCGAGUGCGCGGGUCGAUUCGUCGCUUCCGGCAGCCACAAAUCCGUCUCCUGACCCCGGGCAGCUAAGGCCCCUGCUACGCGAGGCCGGGGAUUGGCAGGGCGCGUAGGCCGCCCCGCGGCGGAUGCAGCCGGAAUAAAGAGGCGGCAGAGAAAGCAGCUGGUCUCUGCUCGGCCCGCGCCUGACCCCACGGGCGGCCUGGAGCAGGUGUCAGGAUGUUGGGCUGGGUCCAGAAGGUGCUGCCCCAGCCUCCAGGGACCCCUCAGAAGACCAAGGAGGAGGACAGAGCACAGCCAGAAGCGGAGUUGGAACCUGAGGUAAAACCAGAACCUGAGCCGGAACCAGAGCCGGAACCAGAAGCGGAACCAGAGCCGGAACCAGAAGCGGAACCUGAAACGGCCCCUGAAGAGGCUGCGCUGGAGGUCCAGACCCUGCCACCUGAGGAGCCUAUGGAGGGGGGAGGCGUGGCUGAGGCAGGCCCUGGCCUUCAAGAGGCCCAGGAAGCUGACCCUCCUCAGCCCACCUUCCAGGCCCAGGUUGAUGCCGCCAAGGUGAACAGCCCCAGCGCCUGGAUGCUGACUUGGUUCUGGAGGGGCAUGGAGAAGGUCGUGCCACAGCCCGUCUGUAGCAGCAGCGGGGGCCAGAACCUGGCUGCUGGCGUGGGAGACCCAGAUCAGGGCGGAGCACAGAUUUUGGGGCGCUGUGGCACUGGGGACCCAGGAUCUGCAGAUGGCUCAGAUGAAGCUUCCAGGACUCAAGACACUGAGUCCAGCCUGUGGCUGCUCAGGUGGCUUGAGCAGAACCUGGAGAAAGUGCUGCCUCAGCCCCCUAAGCCCUCCCAAGCUUGGAAAGCUGAACCUGAGGCUGCUGUCUUGGACCCAGAUCCUCCAGGACCCCCAAUGGAGAGUGAGCCCAUGGAGAACCCCCGCUCCCAGCCCAAUCCUGGAACCCCAGAGCCUGAGGAGGAGCCAGCUGCAGAACCCCAGCCUGGCUUCCAAGCCUCUUCCCUGCCACCACUUGGGGACCCUGUCAGGCUGAUCGAGUGGCUCCUACACAGGCUGGAGAUGGCCCUGCCACAGCCCGUGCUCCAUGGGAAAGCCACGGAGCAGGAGCCUGGCUGCUCUGAGACGUGUGAUGUGCAGACCAUCCGCAUCCUCCCCAUGGAACAGGUGGAGCAGGAUCUUGUCCUGGAGGAGGUGGACCCUUGCUGGGAGGACACCCAGCAGGAAGACAGUGCCAGCCUGCAGGACACGGAGGUGGCUCCGGUGUAUGAAGAAGAGAGUGAAGCCAUAGUGGAGAUGCCCAGGUGGGGAAAACUAGAAGUCCUGGAAAAGGAGUCAGUGCUUGAGGAGGCACCAGGCAUACAGGUGUGGUUCCUAAAGGGCAUAAAAGGGCCCAGUUGUGACAGCCUUGAACCUGGAUUCCCCAAAGUCACACGGAGCAUAAGUGUCCUGCUGGAUAGCUGUUUGGUGGUGCAGGCUGAUGCGGACCAGUGCCAGCUAGACAGGACACAGCCACAGAUAGAAUCGCUCCAGGAGUUGCCAGAGGAAGAGGAGGAGAAGGAGGAAGAGGAGAAGGAGGAAGAAGAAGAGAAGGAGGAGGAAGAGACCAACUCAAUAGUACCAGCCACGAAAGAGCACCCAGAGCUCCAGGUGGAAGACACAGAUGCUGACACUGGCCCCCUCAUCCCAGAGGAACAGGUCCCUUCACCGGAGAGACCACUGCAGUCUCCUGCCAGAUCUGACACCCUCGCUGUUCCUGGCUCUGCUGCAGCAGCCCACAGGAAAAAGCUACCUUCUCAGGACGAUGAAGCUGAAGAGCUCAAGGCCCUGUCACCUGCUGAGUCCCCAGUGGUUGCCUGGUCAGACCCCACAACCCCACAGGAGGCGGAUGGCCAGGACCGCGCAGAGUCCACAGCCAGCCAGAACAGUGCCAUCAUCAACGACCGGCUCCAGGAACUGGUGAAGAUGUUCAAGGAGAGGACAGAGAAGGUGAAGGAGAAACUCAUUGACCCUGAUGUCACCUCUGAUGAGGAGAGCCCCAAGCCCUCCCCAGCCAAGAAGGCCCCAGAUCCAGCCCCAGCCCAGAAGCCUGCUGAGGCGGAGGUGGCAGAGGAGGAGCACUACUGCGACAUGCUCUGCUGCAAGUUCAAACGCAGACCCUGGAAGAUGUACCAGUUCCCCCAGAGUAUCGACCCACUGACCAAUCUCAUGUACAUCUUGUGGCUGUUCUUUGUGGUGCUGGCCUGGAACUGGAACUGCUGGCUGAUUCCCGUGCGCUGGGCCUUCCCAUACCAGCAGCGAGAUAACAUCCACCUCUGGCUCCUAAUGGACUACCUGUGCGACUUCAUCUACCUCCUGGACAUCACGGUGUUCCAGAUGCGCCUGCAGUUUGUUAAAGGCGGGGACAUCAUUACAGACAAAAAGGAGAUGCGCAGCAACUACCUGAAGUCUCGCCGGUUUAAGAUGGACCUGAUCUGCCUCCUGCCCUUGGACUUUCUCUACUUGAAACUUGGUGUGAACCCUCUCCUUCGCCUGCCCCGCUGCCUGAAGUACAUGGCCUUCUUCGAGUUUAAUAACCGCCUGGAAGCCAUCCUCAGCAAAGCCUACGUUUACAGGGUCAUCAGGACCACUGCCUACCUGCUGUACAGCUUGCACCUCAACUCCUGUCUUUACUACUGGGCGUCGGCCUUCCAGGGCAUCGGUUCCACUCACUGGGUUUAUGAUGGCGUAGGGAACAGUUACAUUCGAUGCUACUACUGGGCUGUGAAAACCCUCAUCACCAUCGGAGGGCUGCCUGACCCCCAGACACUCUUUGAAAUCGUUUUCCAGCUGCUGAAUUAUUUCACAGGUGUCUUCGCUUUCUCUGUGAUGAUUGGACAGAUGCGAGAUGUGGUGGGGGCCGCCACAGCGGGACAGACCUACUACCGCAGCUGCAUGGACAGCACGGUGAAGUACAUGAACUUCUACAAGAUCCCCAGGUCCGUGCAGAACCGUGUCAAGACCUGGUAUGAGUAUACCUGGCAUUCCCAAGGCAUGCUGGAUGAGUCAGAGCUGAUGGUGCAGCUUCCAGACAAGAUGCGACUGGACCUGGCCAUUGAUGUAAACUACGACAUUGUCAGCAAAGUGGCGCUCUUUCAGGGCUGUGACCGGCAGAUGAUCUUUGACAUGCUCAAGCGACUUCGCUCAGUCGUCUACCUACCCAAUGACUAUGUGUGCAAGAAGGGGGAGAUUGGCCGAGAGAUGUAUAUUAUCCAGGCCGGGCAGGUGCAGGUGCUGGGUGGCCCAGAUGGGAAGGCUGUACUGGUGACACUCAAAGCCGGAUCCGUGUUUGGAGAGAUAAGCUUGCUGGCUGUUGGGGGCGGGAACCGGCGCACGGCCAACGUGGUGGCCCACGGCUUCACCAACCUCUUCAUUCUGGACAAGAAGGACUUGAAUGAAAUUUUGGUGCAUUACCCCGAAUCGCAGAAGUUGCUCCGGAAGAAGGCCAGGCGCAUGCUGAGAAACAACAACAAGCCCAAGGAGGAAAAGAGUGUGCUCAUCCUACCCCCGCGUGCAGGCACCCCGAAGCUCUUCAAUGCCGCCCUCGCUGCAGCAGGAAAGAUGGGCGGAAAGGGGGGCAAGGGCGGCAAGCUCGCCCACCUGAGAGCCAGGCUCAAGGAACUGGCUGCGCUGGAGGCAGCCGCUCGACAACAGCAGCUGCUGGAGCAGCCGUCCUGGCUUCAGCUGCUGCAUCUGAAUGAACUUUGUGCCUGGGGUGGGGAGUUGGUGUCUCGUGAAUCUCGGGUGCACAAGGCCAAGAGGUCUCAGGAAGCCGGGGGAGAGGAGGGCACUGGAGCCCCAGACCAAGCAGCACCCCAGGAACCACCAGCGCCCAAGGAGCCUCCAGCCGGCAACUCUCCUCCACCAGCCCCGGGGAAGCCUGAGGGAAGCAAGGAGGAGGCAGCCGGGCCCUCGGAGCCCCCAGUGACGAUCCGUGUGAGCCCGGGCCCGGAUCCCGGGGAGCAGACGCUGUCGGUGGAGAUACUGGAGGAGAAGAAGGAGGGACAGGAGUGA